GUCCUCGCAAAGCACAUUGCCCACCUCUUCGCGCGGGAUCCGCUCGUGAUCUUUGAGGACCGUGUGGAGCUGGAUGACAGCCGUGACAUCGACCACUGGGAGAAUCUCCAGUCCACCAACUGGCAGUCCCUCCGCUGGAAGCCUCCUCCUCCCCACAAGGGGCAGCUGAGCAACGAAGAUGCCGACCACAUCGGCUGGCGCGUGGAGUUUCGGUCCAUGGAGUUGCAGAUGACCGACUUGGAGAACGCCGCCUUCAUCAGCUUCAUCAUCCUCGUGUCCCGGGCGAUUCUGGAUCUGAAGUUGGACCUGCGCAUCCCCAUGUCCAAAGUGGAGGAGAACAUGACUGUGGCUAGCCGGAGGUCGGCUUGUACCAAGGAGCUUCUUUGGUUCCGCACGAACCCCCUGGAAGACGCAAGCGAAGCCAAGUAUCAGCUUAUGUCCGUCUACGAGAUCCUCAACGGCAACGAACUCUUUGAAGGAUUGAUCCCGCUUUGCCGAAGCUACCUCGAUAGCCAGACCCUGGAUUCGGGGACGCGGCAGAGCUUCGAGGAGUACCUCAACUUCAUCACGUUUCGGUCUGCCGGCGCCCUCCCCACCGCGGCCGAGUGGAUGAGGAGCUUCGUCAUGGCCCACCCAUCUUACAAGCGGGAUGGCCGUGUUCCUGCAGCCGCGGCACACGACCUCAUGGCCGCCGCCGAGAAGAUCGGGCUUGGUGAGAUGCAAGGUACCGAGCUUUUGGGCCCUUUCUCCGCCCUGGCCUCGGUGGAGCCUUCCCUUCGAGCAAAGGCGAGGGAAGUGCUGCUUUCCGAGCACUGCAGGUGCAGCUGCAGGCAUCUCACGGCCCACGCUUGUCAAAUGUGGUCCACCUCCUGCAUGAAGCCCUUGGAG